AACCCUGCAGAUCAACACCUCCCACAACGACGCCGUCUUACUCGACAAACACACCUACAUAUUCGACCCCAAACCCUAAUCCUCUUUUUCUAUCCCCCUUCCCAUUCCCCCGCCGCGAUACCAGAGCUUGGCUAUCUCCAAUCCUACCCACCAUGGGUCGCGUCAUCCGAGCUCAGCGUAAGGGUGCCGGAUCAGUCUUCAAGUCUCACACCCACCACCGGAAGGGUCCGGCCCGCUUCCGCAGCCUCGACUUCGGCGAGCGUAACGGCUACCUCAAGGGCGUCGUCACCGAGAUCAUUCACGAUCCCGGUAGAGGUGCUCCGCUCGCUCGUGUCACCUUCCGCCACCCUUUCCGCUACAAGAAGCAGAACGAGCUUUUCGUAGCCGCGGAGGGCAUUUACACCGGUCAGUUCAUAUACUGCGGCAAGAAGGCCAAUCUUAUGGUAGGUAAUGUCUUGCCUCUCAGAUCUAUCCCCGAAGGAGCUGUGGUCUGCAACGUUGAGCACCACGUCGGCGAUCGUGGUGUCUUCGCUAGGGCUUCUGGGGACUACGCUAUUGUUAUCAGUCAUAACCCAGAUAAUGACACCACCAGGGUCAAACUCCCAUCUGGUGCUAAGAAGAUUGUACCCAGUGGUUGCCGAGCAAUGGUUGGACAGGUUGCAGGUGGAGGGAGAACAGAGAAGCCCCUUCUCAAGGCUGGUAAUGCAUACCACAAGUUCAGAGUAAAGAGAAACUGCUGGCCCAAGGUUCGUGGUGUGGCAAUGAACCCAGUUGAGCAUCCUCAUGGAGGAGGUAACCACCAGCAUAUUGGACAUGCAAGUACUGUCAGGCGUGAUGCUCCUCCAGGUCAAAAGGUUGGGCUUAUCGCCGCAAGGAGGACCGGUCGGCUCAGAGGACAGGCUGCCGCCACUGCAUCCAAGUCUGAUAAGGCUUAAAAAAGUUUGUCUGAUUAGAGUACUUGAAGGAGUAUAACAUUUUAGUGGUGUUGAUUUUGAGAUCUUUUUGCAUCGUCCAUUCAUAGAUAAAUUGUCUGAGACUAGUUGGUGAACUUUGUUUCUGCAAUUUUGUUUGUAUUGUCCGAAUCUUUUAUUUAUGGUGUUUGGUUUUUGCACUUAUUGAAAUGAUUCCAAAGAA